AUGUCACAACCAGAAAGCAAUGAUGCCCACGAUCAAGAAAAAGGCCCUGAUACCACGCUAGCAGAUAAUGAGCUAGCUAACUACGCACAACGACCUGCUUGUUUCAGCUCGACUAUCCAAGAAUGCUUAUUCGUGUUGACAGCCACAAUGGCCAUCGGACAACAAUCGUUUUUCCAGGGCAGCAUUGUCGGUGUGACUGCAUCAAUUGGAGCGGAUCUGCACAUGAACUCAGCAGAAAUUACGUGGAUUAAUGCAGGAGCCUCACUAAGCAGCGGUGCUUUCCUCCUGACAUUCGGUAAACUCGCCGAUAUGUUUGGCCGCAAGGUUCUUUUCAUUAUCGGCAUGGCUGGAUUUUCCAUAUCCCUUUUAAUCGCUGGCUUUGCUACAAAUGCUAUGUAUCUGGACGUUUUCUCGGGAAUCCUAGGUCUCUUCGCUGCUGCAGUAGUUCCACCUGCUGUAGGUGCGCUGGGUGCUGUGUAUGAGAAACCCUCCAAACGCAAGAACCGUGCCUUUGCUUGCUUCAGUGCUGGGAACCCGCUUGGAUUUGUGGGUGGUAUGAUCAUUUCGGGUGUCGCUUCCCACGAGUCCAACUGGCGCGCGUCGUUCUGGGCUCUUGCUGUUGUUUACGCCAUUUUUACGGUCUUGACGGUUUGGACUGUGCCGGCGGAUACGUUCGCUAAAACACCUAUCAGUGUGGAGGCAUUUAGGAAGUUUGAUUUGUUGGGCACAGCUUUGAUAAUCGUUGGGUUUGCAUUUUUCUCUAGCUCGAUGUCAUUGGCCGGAGAUGCACCCGAUGGUUGGAAAACAGGCUAUGUACUCGCCUUGUUCAUCGUCGGAUUUUUCUUGAUAGGAGCAUUCAUAUACUGGGAGUCUAUCGCAAAAUAUCCUCUGAUGCCGAUAUGGGUGUGGAAAGAUCGGAACUUCUCCCUGCUUAUGGGAAUUUUCUGUCUUGGUUUCAUGGGUUUCGCUGCUGUGACUUUUUGGCUCUCCCUCUACCUCCAACAAGUCAAGCAUCUUUCUGCACUCGCGAUUACCGCAAGGUUAAUGCCGAUGGUUGUCAGUGGUGUCACAGUAAACAUCAUUUGCGCAUUAGUCCUUCACCGUGUCAGCAACACAAUAUUGACCGGCAUCGGAUCAUUGGCAUACACCGCUGCGUUCCUUAUAUUAAGCUUCAUGAAGGAAGACUCGAUUUAUUGGGCGUUUAUCUUCCCUGCCUUAAUACUUGUGGUCGUUGGCGCAGAUAUUCAAUUCAACGUUACCAACAUGUAUGUCAUGUCUUCGCUCCCUUCGCAUCAACAAUCUGUUGCCGGUGGAAUCUUCAAUACAGUUAGCAAGCUUUGCAACACCCUCGGACUUGGUAUUGCAACAUCUGUCGAAGGUGCGGUAGCUAAGUCGUCUACUUCGGCUAUUAGGCCUUAUCUCAGUACAUACUGGUUUGCUGCUGGAGCUGCUGGCAUAUCACUGCUUAUGGUGCCGUUUUUGACGCUGGGAACGCAAGGCGGAAUGCCAUCUGAGGCAGAUCAAAAUGGGUCUGGAGGGGAGGGUAGCAUUGACACAAGCGAUAUAAGGGCAAUAAUUGAGAGUGGUCCUGUAGCUCCGGGGACAGAGACAGUGCUCGAUACACCAGUUGUGGAGAAGCCCGCCGUGGAAAGUGGUCGUUAG